AUGUUUCAGCCGCCGAGCGCCGUGCCCGUGGACAUCUCGCUGCCCACGCAUGGGGCGCGGAUCAUUGACGACGAUCCGGCGCAGGAGAAUGCGUCUGCAAGGGAUAGCCACGAUAUUUACCUGCCGAAUUAUAUCGAGUCGGUGUCGCACAUUGCCGUGGACAUUGGCGGGUCCCUGGCCAAGGUCGUCUACUUUUCCCACACCAACAUCCAGGGGGGCGCCACGAGCCCGCAGCUUUCAGGGAAGCAUGCAGAGGAAUGUUCGCGACCGGUGCCGAGCGGUACGCUGACGCCUGCGGCGCUCCUGCGCCAGAGCCCCGAGGUCGCGACGAUCUCUGCGAUCGACCCCCACAAACUGCGCCGUCGCUCCUUGCCGGAGCACUUUCCUGGGGGCCGCCUCAACUUUGUCAAGUUUGAAACAGGUGAUAUUCGCUCGUGUGUAGCGUUCCUGCGCGAGCUCAUCGAGAGGAGCGCGCGGGCGAACCAGGUGGGCAUUGCCGAGAUGCGGCACAGCGUCAAGCUCAUGACCACUGGAGGCGGCGCGCACCUCUUUUACGACCUGUUUGAGUCGGAGCUGGGGGUCGAAGUGCUGAAGGAAGACGAGAUGCAGUGCCUGAUUACCGGCCUCAACUUUAUGACGCUGAUUCCCGACGAGGUCUUUUGGUACUCGGACCAGCUCGUGGACGAGCUGUACAUGUCGCAGCAUCAGCACAAGUUUACCAACAGCAGCCUGCAGCGCGGCGACUCGAGCACGCCGGCGAGCGCCCCGCAGGACCUCCCGCGGCCGAGUCCGCAGCCGCCGCUGUACGAGCCCAUGUUUGAGAGCGAGCCGUCGCCCAAGCUCCCGUGCCUCCUUGUGAACAUUGGCUCGGGUGUGAGCAUCCUCAAGGUCGACGAAAAGGGCAAGUUUGAGCGCGUGAGCGGCACGUCGCUCGGUGGUGGCACGCUGUGGGGUCUGCUGGGCCUCUUGACGGAUGCCAAGAACUUUGACGAGAUGCUGGAGCUGUGUGUGCGCGGCGACAACAGCAACGUCGACAUGCUUGUCGGCGAUAUCUACGGGCCGGUCGGCCUCGACCACCUCGGUUUGAAAGCGUCGACCAUUGCCUCGUCCUUUGGCAAGGUCUUUCGGUGGGACCGCGACGAGGACAAGGGCGACCCCGCGGCGCCAGCCGAAGAGUCGGCGCACCGGCGCAAGCGGUUCCGGCAGGAGGACAUCUGCCGCAGCCUGCUGUAUGCGAUCAGCAACAACAUCGGCCAGAUUGCGCACCUGAACGCGGAAAAGUACAAGCUCGACCGCAUCUACUUUGGCGGCUGCUUUAUCCGCGGGCACCAGGCGACCAUCUCGACGCUCUCCUAUGCGAUCCGCUUCUGGAGCCAGGGCCGCCGCCGCGCCUACUUUUUGCGUCACGAAGGCUACCUCGGCGCGGUCGGCGCGUGGGUGCGCCACAUUGGCCUCGACCCCUCGCAGUACGACGGGCGCGGCACGUCGUCCGAGAGCAGCGAGCACGAGGCGUCGCCGGCCGCGGCCCUCGAUGCGAGCGACGCAUCGCUCGCGAGCCACGACGCAGGCGGCGGCCCGCCGCUGAAUGCGAUGCUCGCCGAGGCGCUCGGCACCAUGUCGCUCGACGGCGCGGCGCUCGGGCCGCAUGCCCCGCCGCGAUCUACCGACUCGGCAGAGGGUCUACUGGAGGACCUCGAGACGCUCGACGACCAGGCCCUGGGCGACGACCCCGACUCGAUCGCCAAGAUCAUGGGGCAGCUCGACAAGGCCAACGUGGUCGCCGACGCGAUCGAGAUGCGCGUGAAUAGCCUGCUUGGCAAACUGCAGGAGAUGAUGCCUACUACGGAGUAG